ACCUAACCCCGGCCUUUCAUCCUCGUUCACUAUAAGAACCUCGAAUACAGCCAUGGAUUUCUCCAACAACCCCGUGAUUCGAUCUGAAUCUGAGCAUGCAACACCUCACUACGGCUUCUUACCACCGACCCUCCAAAACCCAGGCGGCAGCGGAUGCAAUCCCUGUCGUCUACAACGGCGAGUACCAUGUCUUUCACCUCGCAACUCCGCCAAACACUAUUCACCACCCUCCCCGUCUCCGGUCAACAUGGUCGCACAUGCGCUCAAAGGAUCUCGUGAGCUGGACUCGUGAUCCUGAGCCCGCGCUGACGCCCGGCGACUCCAAAGAUGCGCUCGACACGGAUGGUACAUGGACUGGAUCAGCCGUCGAGGGCCCAGACGAGUUGCUGCAUAUCUUCUACACCGGAUAUAACUUGAGCCAUGGCGGGCGACAAGUCAUCAUUGAAGCCGUUGCUACGGAUAAGGCCUGCACCUCCUUCAUCCCAUCCACAGAGCCGAUCAAGGUCGUGAACAACGGCGUCUCAACCUUCGAAGACAUCGAUUUCCGCGACGCCUAUGUCUUCUACAACGAUCUCGAGUCCUGUUACUGGAUGCUCGUCGCUACCCGUCUCCGUUCCGGUCCCUACUGGACGCGCGGGUGUAUCGCACUCCUGACAUCCCCUGAUCUCUCCUCCUGGACAGUGGAAGAGAUACCACUCUUUUCACCAAACGAUAUGUUCUGUCCCGAAUGUCCCGAACUAUUCGAGCUAUCUGGAAAGUGGUACCUCGUCUACUCCCGUUUCGCUGCGCCAGAUGCUGGGACGGUAUACCGCGUGGCCGACUCCCCUCGCGGUCCAUUCCGCAAGAUCUCGGGAGUGGAUUGUAAGUUUGAUGGGAGGCGGUGGUAUGCUGCCAAGUCUUGUCCUAAGAUUGGCGAGGAGGAUAAGAGGGUGUUCUUUGGGUGGAUCGGUGACAAAUGUCACGAGGAUGGGAAAUGGCUUUGGGGUGGGCAUAUGGCAUUACCUCGGGAGGUAUCUGCUGCUCCUAAUGGUGCCCUGGUGAUUAAGCCUUGCCUCGAGGCGCUGACAGCCGCUUUCCCUACCGAAGGUCAGAAGACUGUCGAGGGUGCAGGAAUCUUGGAAUCCUUCGGCGCCACGAAGACCAAAUUCCUUGAUGACGCCUUCCCCACCUCCUACGUCCUCCGCGUGACCCUCACCUCCACCAAUGCCCCCUCCUUUGGCCUCCUCUUCCGCACGAACCUAGAUCUCGCCGGCUACGCUCUCAAAUUCAAGCGCGUCGGGCACACCUUCUCAGUUAUCCUCGCUCAAACUCCGGCGCCGCUGGAUGAUUUCUGGGCGGAUCAGUAUAGGUUGUAUCUCCCUAGGAACGUGGAUGGACCGGAGUUGGUGAGACAUGAUGGGCUCGUGUUGGAGGAGGGGAGGGUGGAGGUGCAAGUCCUGGUCGUGGGGGAGACUGUGGAGUUUUUUGUUGAUGGAAAGGUUGUGUUGUCUUACCGUGUGCAGGUCGAGGAACGGGCUGCAGAUGGCACCACCAUCGGGCUCAUUCCAGAUGAGGACUCGGGAAUGGAUAGUGAUGGGGACGUCGCUGCUCGGCAGAAUGUUGACGAGCAAGCGGAUACGGAGAGAUCAGGCGUCAAGGAGUUUGGGUUGUUUUUAGAGGAUGGAACACUCUGUUAUUCCGAUUUCGUGGUUAUGCCAGCUAAAGCCUAGUCAGCGUUGAGUCCUUCUUGCCGUUGAAACCGUGGGAAAAUAGUCAAGGUCUACUUCACC